AGAUCCAAUAACUACAAAAUUAAAAUUUAGCCAGCAAGUCAGUAAAAAAUAUAAGAAAUAGGAAAUUUUAUUCUUACCGCCUUAACAUUUUUUGUCAUGCAGUAGGCGGCUAAUAAACAACUUGGUUCCCGCGUGCUAUGUCUUCUUACAGAUAACUGCACUAAUGAUUACCAUCGCUAAUUAAUUUGGAAACAAACAAUUUUUAACGUUUCACAAUGACGAAUAGGUGGAAAAAAUAUAUAUUGUGGUUUGCACAAGAGCAUUUAGAUUUUCGUGUUGCAGAAUUUAACUCCAUUCUUAAGCUAUUUGGCUUGAAACAUAAAAAAUUGGACAUAAAUUUAAUGAAACCGUUUUGGAUAGUUGAGUUUCCUAAUGAUGAAGAGGUUAUGAAAUUAGCAUCCCGUUCUGUGAGCCUGCGAAGUGUCUAUGAGUUGUGGUCUCAUUCUAAACACCUGGGUAGUUUCCAUGAAAAAUUAGGAAAUUUCAUUGCAAAUAACGAAGAUCUAGUUGAACCAUAUACCACAAGUACAUUUAAGAUUGUUGUUGAGACCUACAAUAAACAUAUUUCGCAAAAAGAAAAAGUAGAAAAAAUAGAGACCUUGGAUUACAUGCCACUACAUGGCGCUGUGGACCUAAAAGCUCCUCAAAACGAAUGGUGUUAUAUUGAGUUUUAUGGGCUCGACCCAUCAGCAGUGUCGUCAGAACCAGAGGAUGUACUGUUUGGACGUUUAAUUGCCAAUGGCCAGCGAGAACUCAUUAAAGAGCUUUCAUUGAAAAAACGUAAAUUUAUCGGCAAUACUAGUAUGGAUGCACAACUAAGUCUUCUAAUGGCAAAUCAAGCACUGGUUAAAGACUAUGAUUUAGUUUUAGAUCCGUUUGUAGGUACUGGAUCCUUAUUGGUGAGUGCCGCAAUUUUUGGGGGUUAUGUACUUGGUACUGAUAUUGAUUUUAUGAUGCUCCAUGGACGUUCACGGCCAAGCCGUAUAACACAGAAAGUGCGGGAAAAGGAUGAGAGAGUUCGCUCUAAUCUUGAACAAUACGGUUGUGGGGAUCGAUACCUCGAUGUAAUUAUAUCGGAUUUUUCUAAGCCCCUCUGGCGCGAAGAUAUAAAACUCGACGCCAUUAUAACAGAUCCACCAUAUGGUAUUCGUGAAGCCACUGAAAAAGUAGAGACAAAGAAGACAUCAAAGCAAAAUACCAGAAUUAAAGAUAUGCCUCAUUAUCCGUCUACUUCUCAUUAUGCCUUAAAACACCUUUAUCAUGAUCUUCUUAAUUUUUCUGCACAACAUUUGAAAGUAGGCGGUCGUUUGGUGUGUUGGCUGCCGUACCAUCGGGAAGACUAUAACCAUGACAUGAUUCCACAACAUGGGUCUCUUAUGCUGAUAGCCAAUUCGGAACAACCUCUUUCAGGACUUACAUCUCGUCGGUUACUCACAUAUGAAAAACUUGAUGUGCUUUAUACAAAGGAGGUUGCGCAGCCUGCAUGUACCUUUCCGAUCUCACUCGAUUUUCGGGACAGGUAUUUCAACAAUGGUCUGGAAUCUCGCACCGAAAGACGCUUACGCAAAGCAGAGCAACGUGAACUCGGUCGCAUUGAGGCCCUUAAAAGAGGUAAAGCUGUGAUUGACAGCAAAGAGUUGAAAAUAAAUUUAAAUAAAUCACGUUUUACGUAGUACAUUACAAUUAAUUUUUUGUACAAUUUCUUAUAUUGUGCCGAUUAGGUACAUAUAAGGCCAUUAGAGCAGAAGUAGCGUAACUCACAAUUUCUUGUUUUAUACUUAAGUUUGUAAAGAAGUUUCAAAUAAAUUUUAAAAUAAAUUCGCAUAAUCCUUAAUUGAA